UUCCCUCAAAAGUCUAUUGAAAUAUCAUUAAAACUCAACCAAAAGUUCAAGACAAACACACAUACACAUAAACAUUCAUAUCUUGAAAAGAAAAGAAAAUUUUUCACUAAAAAGAUUCAUGGCUUUCAUUUGUGGCUCAUUUGACAAUCAAGAAGAAGAUUCCAUUGAAGCUUUGUGUCCAUACACUGCUCAACCUUCAAGAAAAGAAAGAAAGUAUAGAUUUUGUUGCAAAAGGAACAAAGACAACAACAAGAAUCCAUAUUCGAAUCGUGGGCGAGAUAAAUUUGAAGCUCUCUUGGCUGAACUUGAUCACAAGAAGCAAAAGAUCUUCACCCAAAAGGGGUCACAAUACAUCUCCUUUGUUCGAUUCGUCUACUCGAAUUCCAACGAUGUAAAGCCCAUUAUUGUAAGGUUAAAAGAUCCAAGAAGACACGACAAAGAUCAUCAUCAUCAUGAACAAAUCAACCUUAAAGACACCAAAAGUACUACUUCACUUCCUAAAUUGCAUGGUUCAAAAUUAGAUCAACAUCAUAAUUUAGAACCUUUUAAAGAUGUGACAAAUGGUACUAUGAUCAAAGUCCAAGAGGAAAUAGAACAUGUGAAACCAUUGAUUGCUCAACUUACAAAGAAGAUUAAGGUUGAUCAAUGGAAAGAGAAGUUGAAAAGGAAGUUUGAUGAGGUAUGGAUGCCUUCCUAUAACUUACCUUUUUUUGUGAUUCUAGUAAUGGUUUUCUUAACAUUUUUUGGACGAUCUUUGGCGAUUAUAUGUACUUCUAUCGCAUGGUACGUAAUUCCUACUAUCGACGGAACGCUUGAGAACACGGCCACAAAACCAAAGAAGAUGAUCAAGAAUGGACAUUCAAGGAACCCUAGCGAAAACAAGAUAGUUUCAUCUCCAAAACCUUUUCAUAGUGGUCCAAUAAAUGUUCAACAACACAAAAGGAUGAAGAAGCUUAUGAGUUUUUGAAGUAAUUAACUUAAUUACUUUAUAGUUUUAUAAUCUUAUAUGAUAUGAUAUACUCCACAAGAUUUUUUAAGUUUAGUUUCUUUUAUAUAUUUGGUUUUUAAGUUUGGAUAAUCUUUUGAGGAACAAUGUUCAUCUUGUAGAUGUUAAUCAUCUUGUAAAUUCAAUUUGGUAAAUGUAAAUUAAUUAAUAGUAGUAAACGUUUAAGA